UUACAGACGCUGAUUUAUGCUGUAGGAUCUUCAUUUGACGCACAGAUCCCGUACUCAUAUCGACAACCUGUGAUUCCUUGACGACACUAGUUGCUCUUCCUCCAUCGACAGAGAGGAUGUCGACGAGAACGCUGCCUCUGCUCUUCAUUAAUCUGGGUGGAGAAAUGUUGUACAUUCUGGAUCAGCGCCUACGGGCUCAGAAUAUCCCAGCAGAUAAAGCCAAGAAAGUUUCCCCUGUAACAGAUUGGCUAGAGGAGGACAGGAAAAGAGUCAUGAAUGAUAUCAUUACCACCAUGUUCAAUAAGAAGUUCCUGGAGGAGCUGUUCAAGCCACAAGAGCUCUAUUCUAAGAAAGCCUUGAGGACGGUGUUUGAUCGACUGGCUCACGCUUCAAUCAUGAGACUCAAUCAAGCUAGUAUGGACAAGCUCUAUGACCUGAUGACCAUGGCAUUUAAGUAUCAAGUUCUGCUGUGUCCUCGUCCUAAAGACAUCCUCCUUGUGUCCUUCAACCACAUGGAUGCCAUCAGGGACUUUGUGAAGGACACUCCCAGUAUCUUAAGCCAAGUGGAUGAAACAAACAGACAACUCCUAGAGAUAUAUACCCCUUUAUCUGGUGGAGAGUUGCAACUAAUUAGACAAACACUUCUUGUCUUCUUUCAAGAUAUGCAUAUAAGAGUAUCAAUAUUCCUAAAAGACAAAGUGCAGAACUCCAAUGGACGCUUUGUCCUCCCCACUUCUGGGCCUGUACCUUAUGGGGGACACACCCCGGGACUCAUCAGGAUGUUUAGCUGUACUGGCGAGGAGGUGAAAAGAUCGCAGUUCCGUGAUGGUGGCAAUUACAACUCCGCUCUCCGUGAAGGUUCUUUCGAAAUGUAUGGGGAUCGAGUCAUCAAACUGGGCACAAACAUGUACAGUGUGAGUCGCCCUGUUGAGACACACAUGUCUGGAACCUCCAAAAACUCCUCACAACACACUAAGGUCAACACAACUCCAAAUCCUCUGGCAAAAGAAGAAUUGAACCUCCUUGCUAGACUGAUGGGAGGUUUGGAAGUGCAGAAAUCAGCUAGUACGGACUCCGGCUUCCGUGUUAACCUUUUCGCCACUGAUGAGGAGGAAGAGGAAGCUUUGAUAUCAAGACCGGAUGAGCUUUCUUAUGAAGUUAUUAAUAUCCAAGCAACAAAGGACAAACAGACCAAUGCUGAGCUGGCAAAGAUCAUGGGGGAGUUUGGGGAGGUGGGUGAGCCAGCCCCCAGUUCCAGCAGCAAGGGUGAUGACCUCCUGGCCAUGAUGGAUGGUCUGUGACUUAGACUUGAUGUUGAUUUGAUGUUCCCUUUGGCUGAGGAGAGUGACUUCGUGUUUAAGAAGGAUAAAGUGCUACUCAGCAAAGAGGCCUUUUGUCUCUACAGUGACAACAGGUACCUUAUCCAUGAAAGAAGGACAGCUAAGCUCCAAGAGAUUUUCUUUGUGAAUUUCAUGCCAGUUUUCCUCUCUUGCUACCGAAUGCAAUAAAUGCAAAAAGCAGGUAACAGCAAUGUUCCAAAAUCAGUUGUGGACUGUUUGUAUACCUACUGAGGCUCUGGUUUGAUUUCAAUCUUCACAGUAGUGUCGGCUGGCAAUGUGAGAGUUCUGUGACAUUUAGAUCAGUGGACAGAAUGAUACAUCUUUCCUGAACUGUCUUAGUUGUCGGUCUUAGAGGACAAUCUGUGCACAUGGAAUUCAAUUAAAUCUUUUGUUUGAUGUGCAACUAAGAGGUCCAGGAUAUGAUGUUCAAGUACUCUAUAUUUGUGUUGUAUCCAAACAACAACCUCUGCUUUAAGGGAUAGCCCAUCCAAAUCUUACAAUCCUGUCAUUAUUUACUCAACCUCAUGUUGUUUCAAUCCUGUAUGAUGUGGAACACAAAAGGAAAUGUUUGGUAGAAUGUCACCAUUCACUUUCAUUGUCUGUAAAAAAAGAUGCAAUGAAAGCAAAUUAGUUGUUCUUCUGUUUUGCUCCACGGAAGAAAGAAAAUCAUAUAGGGUUGGAACAACAUGAGGGUGAGUACAUAAUAAUAGAAGUUAUAGACUAGAGUAAUACUAUCUUUUUAAAAUAUUGGAGGGUAUUGGAAGAAAACCGAAGUGCACUUGCAGUAAUUAUUAAGCACACAUCCCAGGAAUCCCCUGGUUAACAGGAAGCCCCAGGUCAUUUUGUUUGAUAAAAAUGCAACAGUCAGGUAUUUCAAUGUUAAGAAAUUGUCACAAUUCAAAUAAAUGUUGAUGUCUUAGAAUGUGCAUUUACUGCAUAAUUUAAAGGGAAAAUGUAUAUAUGAAUGCCACCUUCCAUGGAAAGAAAGCAAUGCAAAAUGUGUGGUGGAUGAAAUAUUAAAUUUUUUCCCCAUAAGUAUAAGAGUUUAUUUAUUGAAGUGAAUGUACUGUAAAUCAAAGUUAAUUUGUAUGUUUACUUAUGGAGAGCCAAAUUACUCAAAAUGAAAUAGUUAAAUUAUUAACAAAUUAUUAAAUACAUAAUUAAAUAAAAACCCUACAAAAUCAUUCAUCAAUGAAUCACUACAUAAAUCAGUAAAUGUCGCUUGAAUUCUGUUUUAGCUCUAGUUGCAUCCAUUUUCAUUUAAAGGGAUAGUUCACCCAAAAAUGAAAAUUUUCUCUACUCACCCUCAUCCCAUCCCAGAUGUGUAUGACUUUCUUCUGCAGAACACAAACAAAGAUUUUUUGAAUAAUAUCUCAGCUCUCUUUGUCCAUUCAAUGCAAUGUCAAAAAAGCACAUAAAGGCAGCAUAAAAGUAAUCAAUAAGACUCCAGUGGUUAAAUCAAUAUCUUCAGAAGCGAUAUGGGGUGGGUGAGAAAUAGACCAAUAUUUAAGAGGGUUUUUUUAUUUCAUUAUUCUCUUCCCUGCCCAUUAGGUGCAGAAUGCAAAUGUGAAAUUGUAGAUUUACAGUAGAAAAUGACUGAAAUAUUUAUCUGUUUCUCACUCACAUUUAUCAUAUCGCUUCUGAAGACAUGGUUACUUUCAUUGUGUGGACCUAAAGAGCUGAGAUACUCUUCUAAAAGUCUUUGUUAGUGUUCAGCAGAAUAAAGAAAGGUAUACACAUCUGGGGUGGCAUGAGGGUGAGUAAAUGUUGAGAGAAUUUUCCUUAUUGUGUGAUCUAUCGCUUUAUGGGUUGUCUUUUGGUGGAAAUUUCACUUAAGCAAGAGCUAAACUUGGUACUUAAUUUUUAACAGCUAUAUUUAAUGAUUAAUUUAAUGAUUAUAAAGUUUUAUAACUAUUUCAUUAUGUAUUUAAUGAUUGUUUAAAUAUUUUGAGUUAUUUUGAGUCAUUAUAUUGAAUAUGAA